CUCCCUCACGACACCGUCCCCUUCCCUGUCUCUCCCCCAAUCCUCUUCAGUGAUUCUCCCUCAUCUCCAGUCUCUUUCCCCCUCACUCCCCAUCUCUCCCAGCCCCCGUCUCCGUCUCCCCCCCCCCGCGACUUCUUCUCUCUUCUUCCCUUUCACUUUCCUCCUUUUUCUUUCUCGCUCCCUGGUCAUUCUCUCUGUUUAUUUGCUGAUUUCCCUCCCUCAUUCCGCCAUUACUCUCUAUCCCUCUUUAGAUUAAUUUCUCUUUUCCGCCUUCUCUCUCUCUCUCGGAGCUCAGUUCCUGAAGGCCAUUGUCCCUGGCCUGGGCCUCGCGUUCUCCCUUUCCCUCUUGGGGCUCCAGGCUGACGGUGACCCCGGCUUCAGUCUGACAGGCUACUCUGCACAAAACGUUUCAGUGGUUUAACAGUCCAGCCGUUCAUCUCGCUUAGACCACCAAGUGUUUUUCUGCUCCUUUAGAGUGUUGUGAAACAAUGGCAAAAGAUGCAGCGAGAGUGGCUUGGAUUGUCAAUGAGACGGUGGAGGAGGGCAGCAGCUCUUUAGAUCUGUCAAACUGCAAACUAACCAGUUUUCCAGUUGCGCUCUUCAAAGUCAUGAAGAAUGUUGUGGCAAACAUUCACUUAAUUUCACUGGAAAACAAUGAACUAAAAUUCAUCUCUGGUGAAUUUAUGACCAAUUUUAACCAGCUCCGCGAGUUAAACCUUGCCGGAAAUUACCUGAAACAGCUCCCCGAUGAAGUUAAAUCCUUGACACACUUGACAAGCAUUAACCUGGCAAGGAACAAAUUCCCAGUUUUCCCCCAACAGCUAACUGAACUGACAACAUUGGAAACGAUUAACCUGGAGGGGAAUCAGAUUGCUGAGAUACCAGUUGAGAGACUUGCCUCUAUGCCCUCCCUCAAGUCACUGAAUAUGAAAUCCAACCCUUUGAGCUGUGAUAACGAGACAACUGAGCAGAGUGUAUUAAAGUUUGAAUUACUGCUAGCAGAUGAAUAAAUAGUUACGUGGAACAGAGAUUGGAGCUUGUUUGGAUUGAACAAUACCAUUGGGUCAAGGAAUUGCUCCCUGGACAACAGGAUAGCAGUUGGCAAAAUGUGACAUUUUACCAGGAAAUGCAGCUGUGCCAAUCCAGAAAUCUGCCUUCAAAGAUUGAUUGGAUGGUUCAAACAAAUCAGUGUAAAUUGAGUGGCAGUUACACAUAAGUCUUCUGGAGCCUUUACUUGUUUAUUGCAGCAGCUUUUGUUUUCUCUUCAGAUAAAGCAAUUAAAAUUCUGCAUACACAGUCCUUUCAGUUUUUAUUUAAAAUUCUGUAUUAUUCUGAUCUACAAGUAAUUUGAUCAGAAAGUAUUUGGAUUUGAAAUUAUUUGGACUUCUAAAGUAGCUAUAAUGAAAGGAAGCUAUUUUCUCUACAGACAAAUAGAAAUUACUGGACUCAGCAGGUCUGGCAGUAUCUGUGGAGAGAAAUCAGAAUUAACGUUUCAGAUUGUGACCCUUCCUCAGAAUGGAGCUUUUCCAGCAAUUUUUAUGUUUGUCUCUGAUUUACAACAUCCACAGUUCUUUCAGUUUCUAUUUCUCUACAGCUAGCUGUUACUCUGAGUAGCUCCACUAACUGAAUAUCUUUUCCUUUGAAAUAUAAAUAACAAAUGUCACCCCAUCAGCUUCCCCUUUAAACUGCUGAUGUAAAAUUAUUAUUGUAUGAUAGGUGAUAAUUAUGGCUUUACAGUCAAAUUAUUUAAAAAAAACACUGUGGUAAUUACAUUAAAGAGCUGAUGUGUUAGAUCA